GCGGGGCCUGUGUGAGGGGGAAAGCCGAGGCCGUGCGAAGCCGGGAGCCGGACGGGGCGGAGUCUGGGGGCGGCGGGGCCGCGCCAGCAGCAUGAGGGCGCGCGAGCGGGAGCUGAAAAUGGAGAGCGACGUUCUAGACGCGCUGGAGGCGUUGGGGUAUGAAGGUCCCCUGUUAGGGGAGGAAGCACUUAGCAAAGCAGUAGAAAAUGGAUUAUCUUCACCAGACUUUUCUGAGCUUUGUGUUUGGUUAAGUUCUGAAAUAAAAUCAGUGUGUGACCUGGAAGAAAGCAUCACUUCAAUAGCUGGUGGGGAAGAUGUAGAGAGCUUCCAGCUUGAGAUUAGUGGUUUUUUAAAAGAAAUGGCUUGCCCAUAUUCAACACUUGUGUCUGGAGACAUUAAGGACAGGUUAAAAAAGAAAGAAGAUUGUCUUAAACUCCUGUUAUUUUUAAGUACAGAACUUCAAGCUUUACAAAUAUUGCACAGCAAGCAACUUAAAAGUUCUCAUUUGGAAAAGAAUAACGAAAUCUAUCAGGAAGUGCAAACUCUCUGUGACUCGCUGGGCCUAUCAAAGUCAUCAUCUUCUGACAUUCCUCUCUUGUUAAGCAAUGUGGAGUCAAAGAUCAAGGACAUUCUUUCAAAAGUAAAAAAUACCCACGUGGGGAAACCACUGCUAACAACACCUUUGAAUCCUGAUCAGAUGGAAAGACUGGAAAAAAUCAAUGAUGCCCUCUGCAAUGAAUAUGAAUGUCGUCGUCGGAUGUUAAUGAAGCGGCUUGAUGUGACCGUGCAAUCCUUUGGAUGGUCUGAUAGAGCAAAGGUUAAAACAGAUGACAUAGCGAGAAUUUAUCAGCCCAAGCGUUACGCACUGUCUCCUAAAACAACCAUUACGUUUGCCCACCUUCUCGCUGCUCGAGAAGACUUAUCAAAGAUCAUAAGGACAAGUAGUGGACCUACACGAGAAAAGACAGCCUGCGCCAUCAAUAAGGUCCUGAUGGGGAGAGUGCCAGACCGUGGAGGCAGACCAACUGAGAUUGAACCACCACCUCCUGAAAUGCCCCCUUGGCAGAAGAGACAAGAAGGUGGUGGGAGGGGUGGUUGGGGGGGAGCAGGUGGUGGUGGGAGGGGUGGUUGGGGGGGAGGAGGUGGCAGAGGAGGAGGAGGUGGUGGCUUCAGUGGUGGUGGUAGAGGUGGUUUCCAAGGACGCGGAGACUAUGGGGGAAGGGGAGGUUACCGUGGUAGAGGUGGCUAUGGAGAUCCAUACGGUGGAAGGGGAGGGGGAGGAGGAGGAGGAUACAGAAGAUACUAACAACAACAUUGUAAAUACUAAUAACUGACAAAACGUGGUUGUGAUUUUACUGGUAGCAGGAGGUGUGUAUAUUAGCAAUGGAUUAGUGUUAUGAUAGGAAAAUUAAUUAUGAUCUCUUUAGUAAUGAAUCACUGCAUUUGAUCCCAGAUAUUAUUGAAUCCUGUUAGUCAACUCAACAUUUAUUUUAUACAGAAAUAUGAUGUCUUAAAGUAGUCCUCGUUUUGCACUGCUCGUGUGUAUUCUUAAACAGUUUAGUUUUUUAAAUAACAGACUUCAGAAAAGUGAAUAGAAACAAUGAAUUUUCCUUUUUUCAAUGUUACUAUUUUAUGUUCAGAUCUCUUUAAUUAUUGCCUGUCAUACCCAGAAUACAGGAAGUGAUUUAGGGGGAAUUUGGCUUUGUAGGCCAUACUUAGUUUUAUAUGCUUUAAAAGGACUGUAGAAUGCUGGAUCCAGCUUCUUGUCUUCUUUCAGUCCUCUGUAUGGGACAAUUGAAAAAAAUGAAACUUCAGAAGUUUAAUCUAAAAUAUUCUAAAAAUUUUAAAACAAAAAAGCUUCAUUGUUUCCAAGUGAUGCUAUUCCAUGAUCAGCAAAACAAGGCUAUGCUGUAUUUAUAUAUAAUGUAUAAAAAUAUUUCAAAGCCAAAAACUUACAUUGUAAAAGCUGAUUUGUGAUGAACCUUAAUAGGUAAAAUGAAAAUGAUCUGCUAGAAGUGGCAUUCUAUGAAACUUGCUUUAAAAUCAGACCCUGUUACCCAUGAUGGAAAAUUUCCCCAACCAUCGCACCUAGUCAGUCGGUCACUUACAUGGUCUUCUGUAGCACAUAAUCCCCAGAAGGCUGAGUAAGAUGGCUGUGCACUGAACUGUCCUGUGAGUGGAGAACCCUUGAAUCCUACGUGAAGGGGGUCAUGAGCAAACAAAGGGCACUAUUUUGAAAAAACUGUUCAUAGAAUUAGGAAAGUUAGCUAACCAUCAGCACGUCCUGGCCUAUUGUAGCUGUCAGCUGACUGUUUCUCUCAGCUGCUGGCGCUACACAACAUCACCACCAUCUCCUCUCCUACAUGUGCUUCUUGUGUAAGAGGAGAGCCUCUGACAGCCUCCUGCUGCAUUAGGGAGAGAAGGAGGUAGGGAGUGAGGAGAGCCGUGUUUCCAGGUAUGUUUAGCUUAGCUCUGUCCUGUCAGAUACUUUUGGUCAGGAUGGGGACAGAAGUUCAAUACAGAACUCUGUUGUCCCCAAGCUGGCUCUGUAGAAGAAGAGCCAGGAGAGAAAGGAAAGGAAGGGAACAGUUUCCCUUUCUCUCACACAGUCCCUAAGGUGAAAUUCUGCCUGUUUGUCCCAAAGUAGUGUUCUGAUGACUUCUGCUACAAGUGACAUCUGAAUAGCACCAAGAGGCUGAGGCUGGAAAAUGUAAGGGCUUGUCUAUAUGCUAUAGUUGCAACAGUUUAAAUAAAGGUGAAAUAUCUUACUGGUUUUUAGUUAAACAGGCACAGCUGUGUGUAGCCACUCUUACAUUGGAUUUGAACUAGCUUAGCAUGCCUGUGACAGGAUUGAUGGGGAGAUGCUAAACAGACAUAAAUCAAGGUUAAACCCAUGUAAGAGUGGCCACACAGUCGUUGCACCGAUUUUAGUUAAAUUAGUACAUCACACCUUUAGUUAUAUCCGUGCACCUUCAGCAUGUAGACCAGACCUAAAACAAUCUAAAAUAAAAGUGAAAUAAAUUUGGUGGUUUUUUUUUUAAAUCUGAAGAGUUAAGAAAGUAAAAACA